AUGAAGUUCUCUCUUCCCCUCAUCGUCGCCACUUUGGCCUCCAUCUCCGCUGCGGCCGGGACUCCUGCUCCCUCGGGUAUUCCCUCUAUCCCUCAAGCCUGCCAGGAGAUCCCUCAGGCAAUCGGCCUGAAGCCCAUCCGGCUCCUGAAGCAAUUCCACGAGGAAGUUUGCGAGAAGGGCAAGUGCAGCGCCACUAUCAACGAACACAACGAAUAUCUCGUCAACAACGUCUUCCCCAAGAUCAUAUCUGAUCUAGACGAGAAGCUGGAGAUCUCCGCUAGCAACAAGCAGCUUUUCAGCCAAAUUCGCACCCAGGCUGCCGCUGCAGUCAAGAAAAGCUGCAACCCCCAAGGCGAGAAGGCUCUGUGCGAUGACCCUCAGGGUCUCUUCGAGUGGGGCUCUUGCGCUCUCAAGGCUUCUACCCCGGUCUACCAGAAGCACAUGAAAGAGCUGGCUAGCGCCUCUCAGCUUUCCGAGGCUCAGUGUCAGAAGCUCAAGGCCUUGGAAACUGACGAGUCUGUCUGGAACAAGACUAUUCCUGGAUACAUUGAGACUUUCGCUCAGAAGUGCGAAACCAAGAACUAG